AUGGAGUGUGUGUGUGUGUGUGUGUGGGUGUGUGUGUGGGUGUGUGGGUGUGGGUGGGUGUGGGCUGGUGCGCUUAAUUGUUACAAAUUUAAAAGUAAACAGCAGUUGUUAGACAUGGCGUCUGCUUUUACAAAGUUAGGUGCCCUAUCUCGGCCAGUCUGCCGAUUGCGUCUCUACAGUGAAGAGGGGUUCAAAAAAUGUUUCCACAACGGGGCUGCAUAUUAUUAUUCAUCAUGUCCAGCAUUGACUUUAACUAUAAGCUGUGAGAAACAUUCUGCAAAUAAUUAUGUUGUUUCAUUUCCUACCAACUGCAGAAGAUUUCUAUCUGCCACCGGUUCCAAAUUCUCAUCAAUAACCAGGUUUGUCCCUUUGUCAUCUAAAACUUUGUUCAAAAAACUAGUUCAAGAUAUAGAAAAAUCAGAUGUCACAGAAUUGGGAUUAUUUGAGAAAUUUGCAUUUGGGGUCAACCACAUCAUAAGCAACACUAACUACAGUCAUCUUCCUGAAAUGAAGCUGCUAUAUGAUCCUCUGAAUCCUGACAACACAACACUGGCCAGUCGAGCAUUUACUAGCAAAGAAUUACUUGACAGAGAGUUCUGGUUCUUACAGAAGUUUAGUUAUCAUUUGGACAAAGCAGGGUUCACUGAGAUUGAUAAAGGAGACUUGCUAGAAAUGCUGGCUGAGAAACCAGUUGGGAAGGGUGUAAUUGCAGACGUGAAGACGGACAAAUUUGAAAUACUACGCUUCUGGGUUCUCGGAGAUAUUGUCUACGCGCCGUCAUCCUCUUCAUCAUCGUCUCCAUCGUAUUUAAAUCUGUUUCUGGGAGAACAAACGUCUAGAAAGUUGUACAAAAGAGUCAUAGUGGCAUCAAGGCUUAAGAAUGAGAAGAAGUUGUCACUGAAACUCUACAAGGAUAUCCCAGCCAACACACUUCAUCUUCUUCUGCCACCUUCUGGUGGGUUGAGGAUGCACCCAACGUACCGUAACUUGAUCCUCUACAGUGCAUCCCUGUCGGCCUUCUUCUUGUUCUCUAGAUAUGCUGUGAUGUGGAUGUUUGGUGAGAACAUGCACCUUGGUUAUCUACCCAUCUCGUUUUCAGCAUUCUUUGGAAUCGCAGGAGUCACAUUUUGGACUUUGUAUAAACAGCGUCAGAAAAGAUAUCUAACGGACGUCCUUGACGUAGUGUAUGAUCAUUUCGUCAUAGGCAAUCAAAACAUUCUUCCAGUAGUCAUGGACAAAUGUCAUGAAGAAUUGUUGAAAGGUGUUUUGUUGUCCUACCACUUUCUAUCUACCAGUGCCCAAGAUGUUAACACUUUUAAAGACAGUAGUGAUAAACUCGAAAGUCUUACUAACAAAGGUUCUGGAGUGACAAAAGAAAAAAUAGACCAGAGCAUCAGCAAGUGGCUGGAGUCUGCCACAGGUAGAACAGACAUCAAAUUCAACAGUUCUGAAAGCAUCAAAUGGCUGAGUGACAUUGGCAUCUUAAGCAUAGACCAACAAACUGGAACAAUAAGUGUCCUGCCCCUUUCGGCUGCAAUUAAACUUUUACCUGUUAAUGAUUUAACGUCAUCCUCAUUUCCGUCCGUAAGGGUUGAUGAGUUUGACUUGUUCCAUGGCGAUCUAGCUGAGGCUACAAACUUGGAAAGGAAGGAUCUGGUCGAUAGCAUCAUCUCCAACGUGUGGGGCACAAUCAACAGACUCCAAAGAAGAUACUAA